GGUCGCCGCGCCGUCACCAUCAUCAGACUCCCUAGUGCCGCAUGGUCGUCGCCACCAUGACUUCCCCCUGGCUCCUCGCCGUCCUAGUGCUCGCCCUGGCCACCCUGGCAGUACCUUACAAGCGGAGGGAUGAUAAGAGCAAGUGUCCAAAGGUCAAGGUCAUCAGGAACUUCGACCUUGAGCAGAUGAUGGGGCAAUGGUUUGUGGUCCAGUACUACGCCAGCUCAGAGGAAGCUCUAGAAUACAAGUGUAUGAGAGCCGUACUGACUCUGAGUCCUCAAGGUAAUGAAGUCUCCCUCAACUUCACAUACAGCUUCACUGAUGACCCGGACAAUGACCUUCUAGAGGGUAACAUCACCUGGGUCAUCCCAGACCAGGGUCACCCGGCCCACUGGAUACAUGCGGAGGAGACUUAUGAAGGAGUGUACAACACAUAUGUUCUGGACUCCAACUACUCCAGCUGGUCAUUGCUGCUCCAUUGUGCUGAGAAAUCUAAGUCUCCGAGGUACCUCUCCAGCUUCAUCAUGUCCAGAACCUCUCGGUUACCUCCAAAUGUCAUCUCGUUCUUGAGAGACAAGUUACCUCGGUACGACAUAGAUCUGGAGUAUAUGUUUCCGAUGCUCCAGACAGGGUGUAAUACUCCACAGAAGGAGUUGCAUUACGCUCCGGCCAGAAAGAAACCUCCUCGACGACACCCUCUUAAACACCCCCAUCAUACUUGAAGGGAAACCUAUGUGAUAUCCUGUAUAAAUUAUGUAAAAAGUUAAAUAUAUGUAUAUAUCUAAAACAUAAGAAUAUAAUCAUU